AUGCAGCGAUUCCAAGUCAACCCCGUCAUUCCAGGCUUCGCCCCUGACCCUUCUGUUAUCUAUGUAGACAGCACCUACUUUCUUGUCAACUCUAGCUUUCACAUUUUCCCUGGGCUGCCAGUGUAUGCGUCGAAGGAUUUGAAGACGUGGAAACAAAUCGGCAACGCACUAAAUCGGCCCGGGCAACUCAAACUCCAACAGUCCUAUACAAAGAUCGUCGGCGAGGGCGAAGAUAUUGUUUGUUCGCAAGGUGGUCUCUACGCUCCCACCAUCCGUUAUCGCGAAGGCACGUUUUACAUCGUCUGCACCAAUGUAAUACACACGCCGUCUCAGCCAUCCAACAAAAAUAUGACCCAGAACUUCAUUCUGUCCACGACCGACAUCUGGGCCGAUGAAUGGAGCGAACCAAUAUUCUACGAUUUUAAUGCUAUUGACACAAGCUUAUUCUGGGACGAUGAUGGUAAAGUGUAUGUGAUUGGCGCCGCUGAGGCCUAUCCCAACUCAAACAUUUCCCAGUUCCAGAUCGACCUGAAGACGGGAAAGAUGCUCUCCGAAUUAAAGGUUCUUUGGGAAGGCAUCACCAGGGUAUAUACAGAAGGGCCCCAUAUGUAUAAGAGGGAUGGAUGGUACUAUCUUCUCGUCGCCGAAGGCGGCUGCUUUGCCGACCAUCACACCAUUAUGGCCCGCUCAAGGAAUAUCUGGGGGCCGUAUGAGUCCAACCCAGCCAACCCGGUACUGGGCAAGACGGAUCCCAAUGGAUAUAUCCAGUAUACCGGCCACGGAGACCUAUUCCAGAACCCGUCCGGGCAGUGGUACUUUUUGUGCCUGGGUGUAAGGAAGGUCGCCGGUCACUUCAUCAUGGGGCGAGAGUCGUUCCUCACGACGGCUACCUGGCCCGUGGGCGAAUUUACGGUUAUCGAUACGGUCCAACUGGAUGUUCCACUCGCUACUGACCUGGUUCCGUGCUCGACGAAUUGGCCUCAAAGAAGAAAGGCGGGACGUCCUGAUAUUAGUCUCGUCCACAUCCGGGACCCUGUCCAGGAGGAUUAUGACUACGAGGGCGGACGCAUCGCCUUGAUACCUAGCAAGGCGGAUAUCUCGGUAUACGAUGAGCCGGUGACGUUCGUGGGAAAACGCCAUAGGCUUCUCGACGGCUCUGCGUCCGCAACAUUAGAAGUCACAGCUUUGACCGCUGUCGGUGGUUCCAGGCUCAAGACCGGACUGUGCUACUACAAGGAUGAGCACCGCUUUAUUCGCGUCUUUGUCGACGUCGACUCCAAGGAGGUUGUUCUAGAGACGGUCAACAAGGCCAAGUGCAUCGAACGGAAGGAGGCUCGGAGACUGGAAAACCUGCGUGAAGGCAUGAAAAUCACUUUCGGGGUUGACUACACCGAGCUACAGUUCGUGUUCUGGUAUUGCCUCGAUGUGGGUGGUGUACAGAAGAAAGAGAGGUUCGCGCACAUCGCUACUCUAGACAUGACCGGACACGACUUUGUCGGCCCCAUCAUUGGGGUCUUUGCCAUCGGCAACGAAAAGGUCAAGGUGAACUAUUUAGGCCUAGAGAUGGAAAGCUUCUGA